AUGGAAGAAGUUCAAUCACAGCAAGUUCGUUGGAGCAGCCCCAAUAUAGGACACAUCGCAGGCGAUCUCGCCGCAGCUACAAUCUCGGCGAGUCUAGUAACACCCGCUGUUGCAAUUAUCGACAGAUCACUAGUUGAGCAAGCUGCCUUCAAACAGUCCAUUCUCUGCGGACUACGUCGGCAUGCGAUCGGGGCGCUCCGACAACCCAGCUUGUUUAUCUUCCAACGACCCUUCGGUAUCGUUUGGGCGCUCUAUGUGGCCACAUAUUCCGUCGCCAACGUAACCGACACUAUCGGUCGCAAGCUUGAGAUAGCUGCGGCGAGGACUAUUACAUUUGCCACAACCAUGCUAGCAAAUGUCCCGCUGGCACUUUGGAAGGACAUCCGAUUUGCAAAAGAAUAUGGCACCGGCAGGGGUCCCGAUGCCAAGAUCGCAAUUGCGAACAUCUCAAGCCCUGUGCCCAUCCACAACAAAUCAAUGGCCCUAGCUGCGGCUGCUGUCUUUCUUGUGAGAGAUGGUGUCACGAUCUUUGGGUCGUUUACGUUGGCGCCGUGGUUGUCGGAUGCCAUCCCCGAUCACUUGGCGGCCCAUCCCCACGUAAAGCCGAUCAUUACGCAGUUAACCGUGCCUGUCCUGACACAGCUGGUAGCUACACCACUACAUUUACUGGCGUUGGAUAUGUAUACUAGACAAUACAGAGUGCCCUGGUUGGACAGGAUCAAGCAUUCGCAGCGAUAUGUUUUGUCGUCGACUUUGUUACGUGGUGUCCGGAUUAUUCCUGCGUUUGGAGUUGGCUGCUUAACGAAUAUGGAGUUGCGAUCAGUUUUCCAUGCAAAAUUCUCAAGGUAA